UGAACAGAAGCCAUUCGACCAAAAGAAAAGCGAACUGAGUGAUUGCAGGGUAGAUCUACUUAGGAUUGGGCAAUUAUUUGUGAUAAUUAUUCAAGUGUCUGGACCUCAAGGUGGUUUCGACUUGCCUAUCCUCGAGUGAGAUUAGAACGGACGUAAUGUGUGCUAUUGUAGUGUUUUAGUGAGUGCGUGAGCGAAGAUCCACCAAUCAUCUCCGUGCUAGAAUAGCAUUUGUUCGCAAUGAGUAGCUGGCUGUCGUCCAAUCUGUCCUCAAGCUUUUCAGAAUUUACUAGCCAAAUAUCUUCAUUGGCCGGUGAUGUGAUACCAAAUGGUAUUGCACCGCAGAAAGAAGAGGCAGAGCAAACCGACUCUGUCCCGCAAGCCUCAGAAAAUGGUGUGGAUGGGGCAGAAGUGAAGCGCGAUGGUUUCUCUUUACCAGUGGCCGAGGUGGAGAAGCCAGUUGAAACGCCAUCUGGCUUCCAGGAUGUAACGUUUUCACCCAUCAAGGAUGAGUCUCAGCGACGUAGCAUUGAUGAUGCCCUUACCAGCACACCAAACUCGUCCAGAGGCAGUUUCUCAGAGUUUCUUGGCGAGACGGGUAGUUUUGUUGGUGAUGCUGCCAGCUUUGUCGGGGCUGGUGGUGACAGCAGCGCUUUCACUGCUGCUAAGGAGCCAUCGCCGUCAGCUGUGCACUUUGGUCAUGAUCAGAGCGACGGUGCAGCGCUCAAUGGAGCACAGCACGAUACACUGCCCGAAUCCCCCAGCAAUGCUGGUGUUGAGACUCCGAAGGCAACUGUUGAGACAAAGGAAGACGAGCUUGCUCUUCUGCAAACACGGCAUGAAGAGGAGCUCCGUUCUCUUCGCGAGUCUCAUAAGCUCAAGAUACAGGCAUUGCACGAGCACCAGCAGGCGGACAUGGAAGAAAUGGAGCAGCGCAUUGCUGAGCUAGAGUCCCAGCGUCAGCAAUCUAUGGAACAACUUAGUGAGCAGCAGCAGCAGGCGAACGCGGCCAACUCAUCAUCACACUCCAAGUUAGCGACACUGCAGGACUCUGUGGGUGAGCUGACCGAGAAACUCGAGAAGGCAACGAUACAGGUGGACAAGAGCCAAGCCAGUGUGUUGUCGUUGGAGUCAGAGAUCCAGGAGCGAGACAGGCUAAUUGCAUCCUUACAGGAGUCGGCCGCGGCUACAGUUGAGUGCACUGGUUGUGCGGGCUUACGUCGGGACCUCGACGAUGCUCUGCUCCAACGUCAGAAGCUCGAGGAAGCCUCUAAAGCAGAGAAGGUGAGGCUGGAACACGGUGAUGCUGAGCGCAACGAGUCGGAGAUGCGUCAAGCCGCUGCUCUCGCCACGCUGUCCGAGGAGCAUGACAAGCUACUGGCUACAUUAGAAGAGUGCCAGAAGCAGCUCGCGCAGGAAAAGCAGCUCUCUGAAGAGUUUUCGUCAGCAGCAGAGGAGUCUGCAAGGGUGUCGAACUUGUUGGCCUCAGAGCAGGAAAGGAGCUUGGCAUUGGCAAAGGCAUCAGCGGAACACGAAAAGCAUGCCGGGGCAUUGGAUGCUGAGCUGAACACACUGCAGGCAACUCUACAGGAGUUCAAGACACGCGAGAGCACAAUCACACAGGAGAUGGAAGAACUACGAAAAGCAUCAGUUAGUUCAUCGCAUGAGUACUCAAAGCUACAAGACGAGCAUGAGCAACUCAGUGCUGCACAUUCCAGUCUAAAGCAGCAAAUGUCCACAGAGCAGUCAGCAUCUGAAUCCGCUCGCUCUGCGUCUGUUAGUCUGGUACGGUUCGAGGAAGUCAAUGCCAACUUGACGCAAUGUCAGCAGCGCCUUGCGAAGGCUGAUGGUGAACUUGCAGCCAUGAAAGAAAAUCAUGCAGUAGAGAUACAACAGCAGCUGGACACUAUCGCUAGCCUGCAAGCAGAAUCACUGCGGAGCCAGGAAGAGCUUAACAGCCAGUUGUCCUCUGUGCAGGUGAGAAACGCCAGCCUUACCCAGCGAGCAUCUGACAUGGAAUCGGCGCUCGGUGCAAAGAGCGCUGAAGUCGAAACGCUAUGCUUACAACAGGAGACGCUGCGUGCACGCGAAACGAGCCUCUCUGAGCAGCUGGACAGCACCAUGACUGCGACCAAGGAAAUGUCUGAGAAGCAUGCCAGGCUGGUUGCUGAUCAUGAGGAGCUUGCUCUCACACACUCCACGUUGCAGCAGGAGGUCUUGUCUGACCGAAAUACUUUAGAGGUGCUGAGACAGUCCUCAGUGGACACGACUGUUCUGACACAAGUUCAAGCUGAGCUAGCUCACUGCAAGCAGCAGCUCGUGGACACUCAACAGGAGUUGGAAUCGGCGCAAACGUUUCGGGAUUCAAAGGAACAGUGUGGCGUGCUAGAAGAAAGAGUGAGGGAUUUACAGUCGCAACUGGCUACAAAGGACACUGACCUUAGUGGCAUGCAGUCUCAAGUUGAUCAGUGCAAGACGCAGGAGUCCCACUACGUACAGCAGUUGGAAGUCUGUAGGACAGCAGCUCAGCACGCAGAAGAAGAGCACUCCAAGCUGCUUGCAGAUCAUCAGCAGCUGUCUACAUCCUAUUCACAGCUGCAAAAUGACCUCUCUGCCGAGCGGAGUGCUGCAGAGUCUGCCAGGAGUACCCUGGUGAGUUGCAGUGAGCUGGAAGCCGUUCAACAUCAAGCAGCACUGUAUCAGCAGCAGCUUGCUCAAAGCCUGGAUGAGCUGGCAACUUUGAAGGAAACCUCCUCUCUGCAGAUCAAGCAGCAUGAACAUGCUAUGGCCAACGAACGGGCCCGAUCCCAGACAGCUGAGGCUGAGUUCAACAGUAAAUUGUCUGCAGCAUUGGAGAAGAGUAAUCGCCUAGAGCAAACAGUACAGGAUGUUGAACACCGAAUCAGCUCGAAAGACGACCAGUUGCAGGCUCUGCAACUCACCCUGGAUCAAUAUAGCACACAGCAAUCGCAACUAGUCCAGGAGAGGGAGCAGCAUGCACACACUGCCCAACAGGCACUGGAAAAGCAUGCCAAGCUGACUGAGGAGCACAAACAACUUCGCUCUGCACAUGCAGCUGCACAAGAUGCGCUAGCUCAGGAGCGAAGCACGGCGGAGACCGUUCGAUCCUCAUCAGUCGACCUUGGUAUGUUUGAAGACGUUCAGUCCAACGUCAAGCACUACCAGGAGCUACUUGCGCAGACUGAGAAGCAGCUAGCAACACUUAAGGAGUCUCAUCAGCGUGUGGUUGAAUCACAUUCACAAACCAUAGCCGAAGAGCGUGCUCAGCAGGAGAAGAGCCGUGAAGAGUUCAGCACCCAGCUAUCUAGUGCACAGAACCAGACUGAGCGAGUUGCAGUGGAGCGAGAUGAUCUGCAAGCUCAGCUGACCAAGGCCAACGAGAUGUACUCUCAGCUCAGGGACGGCAGCAUGACGCCUGAAGAGCAGGAGAGACAGCAGCGCGAGUCCGAUCGCCUCCGCCAGCAUCUACUGAUGGUGGAAGAGCAGCACACACAAGAUCUUCUUGAUGCAGAGAAAGUCCAGGAGGAUCUCCGCGAGGAGCUACGGGCCGCUCAACAAGCCACCGACACUCGAGCGCUGUCUGCAGAAAGUGAUAUAUCACAAUGUCACCAGGACAUACAACUUCUCGAGCAGAAAGUCAGUAGGCUAUCUGAAGAACGCAAUCUGGCCAUGCAACAGGCCAUGGACGCUGAAACUACGGCAGAGUCCUCCAGUUCUUCUUUGGCACGUCUCCAGCUGGUUCUGGAGCAGUUCCAGAAAGAGCGAGAUGAACAUGUUGCCAGUGCGCUUGAGCCUCUUGAGGCAAAGUUGCAGAGUUGUCAUGAUGAAAUUGAUGACUACAAGUCUCAACUGGCUCAGCUACAGGUCCGACUGGAUGAGAUGUCGGCUCUCCGUACUCGCUUACACACAACUGCUGAUAGUUUGGCUGCAAAACGGUCGGAGCUUGAAGGCGUACGAAUAACAUUACAAGACAGUCAAACUGCGCUGGAUGUCAGUCAAGAGAAGCUUCACAGACUUGCGGCAGCAGCAGAGGGCAAAGUAGACAUCAACCUUGUACGCAACCUGCUGCUUACAUACCUGACGGCAUCUGCAGAGAAGCGACAUGAGGUCCUGCGCCCAGUCGCCAGUAUUCUCGGUUUCUCAGGCAACGAGAUGGCAAAGGUAGCGAAGCAGCAGAGCUCUUGGCUGGGAUCUUGGUUACGUGCGGAUGGCAAACCAUCAGGCACAGCUGUACCAUCUGAUAAAACUUUCACGGAGCUUUUUGUUGAGUUCCUGGAGGCUGAAUCGACUCCGGCUGCCAAUGCCGUAGCUCCUCACGAGAUCUCAGCAGCCGCCAUCAAGGAUGGCCACAUCAGCACAUCUCGCUUGCCUGCGUCUGCAUUUGCGAACAGUUCUCUGCCGCUGUCGUCUGAUCGCACUGAUCAGCAGUCUUCCUUACAUCUGUCACUCACUAAUGCCGCCACUCCACCUGCUGAGUCGCCAUCAAUGACUUCAGCAGCUGCUGCUGCUGCUGUCACUCAGCACACUACUCAAAUGCCCAUUGCCUCAGCACCAGCAGUGCCACCUCUUCCCAUUGACUCUCAAGUUCAAGCUCCAGAGAGCAGCACUACAACCAGCACAGCAGCUCCUGCAGCAGCUGACAGCAGUGUGAAUUUAGCAAAGCCCCCGAUCGCUGGCACACCAAGCACAACACCGACUAGCCAAACAGACGCCCUGCGUACCAUUCUUAAUCCUAGCCCAUAGGCACCUCGCCUCACCUGCUCAGCAAACCGUGCAAAAACAUCAGGUGUUGUAAUUUUUGCUUGCACGAAGUGACUUCCUUUGUGCUGGUCACGCAGGCAUGCUGAUAUCAUGAGUUAUCCACUAGGACAUGCUGAAGUACUUGACUUGCAGUCAUCUGCAUCGUGAGGUGAGAAUGCACUGAAGUAUUCCAGCAUCCAGUACGCUACCAGGUAGUCAGGAGCACUGUUUCCCAUACAGUGCGUCCUCGCCUUGUUCACGCUGUCACCGUGAAAACAUGUGUUUGCUACAUGUAGGGCAGUGGUUUUUUUUAAUAAUUAUUAUUUGCCUAUCCCAGGCACACAAUCAUGUUUGUUCCAGCAAGAUUUUUUGAGAAAGCUUAUCUAUUUCCUAUUAAUAUUUGCGAUUAUACGUACUUGUGAACUUGAGCUACUGCGCGGGCUGUAAGUUGCUGUUAACCUCAUCAGUCUACACUAGUAGAAAAAAGCAUUGUCUGAACCUUUCUUUUUUUUGUUUUGCAAUGAUUGUAGUGUUUUGUACAUUUUUUUUUCUUGUGCAGUUCAAGAAGUAGCUUUGCUAUUGGCCUGGUGCCAUAUUGUCAUCAUGUUGUAUCACUGUCACUAUCUCUAGCCCACGCUUCC